UCUCCCUCUCUCCCUCUCUCCGUCUCUCCCUCUCUCCGUCUCUCUCCGCCUCUCCCUCUCUCCCUCUCUCCGCCUCUCCCUCUCCCCCUCUCCCUCUCCCAUCAGCGCCACUGAUCGUUGGAUGGACUGACACUGCUGCAUCUGCUGGAGGGACUAUAGCCUACUGCGCAUCCUGUUGGUGCUGGACAAGGAGAAGAUGUCAUGAGGAUCCUUCUUCCAAAUUAGAUAUGAUAUUAGACUUUGUAACUACUGGAAACGAAAUGUGAAGAUCCAAUCUAGGCUCAUGCUGUGCCAGUAAGACUCUUUGAUGGGUAGGCAGACUUUUUUCUUAAUGGGUGAUUGAUCUUGGAAGUGCUCUCGAGGGCGCUGUAAACUCAGCUGUUUCCAAAAUGAGCAAGCAAGGAGAGCAUUUUGGUGAGAGGGAGUUAGGGAACAACAACCCGCAGGGGGGCAUGGUGGCUGAAGGGGAUGCCAACGCCAAUGAGAUCCGGACAGAGGAUAGAAGGAUGGCGGAUGACACUGGCUUGCUUUCUGGCCUAACAACUGAAACAGCACAGCAAGACAAAGUCAUCAUCUGGGGUACGGACUCCCAGAGUGACGACCCCGAGCUGGCUGAGUUUGAGAGGCUGGAGUGUCAGGAGCUGGAGGCCUACUUAGUUGAGGAUGGAGAGGAUUUUGUUGGGCUUACAGACCAGAAAGAGCUUCAACAAAAGCCUUCACCAUGCUGCAACGCCAGAGUAGAACAGGUGACAGGUGAUCAGAGCAGGGAAGAGAGAAAGUCCAUGCUGCAUGGCACCAGUGAGCAGGAAUCCAGUGCCUCUUGUGUCUCUGAGAGUACGGCGGUGUCCAGGACUGAGUUAAGCUCAGAAACCAAUUUUGUGUCCUGUCUGUCCACCAUUUCAAGCAUGGACACAGCUAUGGACACUGCUGGCAGGAGCCAGACAACAGACUCCUGGCACAUUGCCUCUGGUCCUUACUCAACCAUCUCAGAAGACAUGACUCUGGUUUCCCAGACUGGCCAGGCGUCUCAAAUAGCUGAUCACCCUCCCCUCUCCCCUGGGAAAAGCACAAUACACAGGAAAGAUGUGGACAUGAAUUUGAAUUCAACAGUUCGCUCAGAGGAUGUAGCAUCACAGGCACAAGUGCCAAACAGAGUUAUUCCAUGUAAGGAUGUCAUUGAUGAGCACAGAAAGAAUAAUAACCAGAGAAAUAAAGCAGGCAAAACCAUCUCAGAGGGAGACUGUGAUCAAAGGAGAAGUCCAGAGCACAAGGGUUUACCCAAUGCAAAAACAUCACAUGAAGAAAGCACUAAAAUGGAUAAAAGCACACAAGCUGAUGAGGCCCCUGAAAUCAACCACGGUCCACCCUCAACAGGUACGAAAGGGACUCAGUUAUCAAUUGAAUCCAAAGCCAUAAAGACACAAGGAUCAUUUGAUAACUCGUUGAAAAAACAAAACUCUUUUGACAAGAGUUUUAAAAAGCAGCCAUCAUUUGAGAAUACUUUCAAGAAGCAGCCAUCGUUUGAGAAUACUUUCAAGAAGCAGCUCUCCUUUGAUAACAGCUCCAAAAAGCAGGGCUCUUUUGAGAACCCAAUCACCUCCGGCUCUUCAAGUCUGGAGAGAAGGAAGCCAUGGGGAAGCCCCAGUCGGCCAGCAACUCCCACCUCCCCGAAAACAACUUCCUGUUCCCCUAAAAGACGACCGCCUGGUUCUCCUGCCAAGGUCCAGAACGGCAGGGCACUGAGCUUGGAGCGCAGCGACUCCCCUCAGAGAGCAUUAGGUCAAACAGUCAAACCACCAGGUAAGACAGGUUUGAGCAGUUGCAUCCCCAAACCUGUCACGUGUCAGCAGAAAGAGCCUGAACCCAGGAGGUCUUCUCCUCCCCAGAAGCCUAAAAAUGUCAGACCAAAAAUCAUCACCUAUGUUCGAAAGAAUCCCCAAGUAAAACCCCAAGGGACAGAUGCCCCGCUGGAACCCUCGACACUCCCAGUAAGACUAUCUUCUUACUCCAGCCCACCAGCUCAUAAAGAUCCAAAGAUCGGUCCUCAACCUAAAUCUACGCCGGUGCUAUGUUCCUCCAACCUGCUGUUUGACAAAUAUCGACAGGAGAUGCAGAAGGCGGGGUACUAUCCCCCAGGCAUGGUUGGGACUGGGGCAAAACCUCCAAGCAGCACCAUCCCUCAACGGCUGAGUGGAAAGUCGGGCAGUUUUCAUGAGGAUAUGCCUGAGAAAUACCUCCAAGAGGCUGUUUCUCAAGAUGGAGGCAGUGUCUACCGCUCACCCAGAGCUCGGAGGCCUCAGCUGGGGUUAGGGGCGGUCACCAGGCAGCCUGCAGCCAAGACAAGAGUUCAUCAGGCAGGCCAAAGGUCAGCGCCGGCCCCAGGCCAGUGUGCUCAGGCCGCCCAGGGCUACCAGGACCCUGCAGGAGAGCAAAAGAGGUCAGGAGAAAGAGGUCCAGAAGCCACGCCCAAGAGUGUCCUGGUGAAACCAGGCCAGUCUGGUCUCCGUCCUCCAGGCUUCAGCGCCCUGCCCGCUGCCCGUCUAGCCACCUUCGGCUUCGCCCGGAGCUCCAGUGUCUCGUCUGUGUCCAGCACCCGGUGCAACGACAGCAGUCACAGUGAUCCCAGCCGAGCCUCUCAGCAUCUGGGCGGUGGCAGUGAUGACACACAUCUCCACAACGCCACAGUGUCCCCCAGCGAAGCCUCCAAUGCUCAGAGCCGGCCUCAUCCUCCCAACGCCCCCAGCCUCCAGCGCCGCAGUCUGCCGCCGCAGCACUGCUCCCCCCUUGCCUCGAGGAGAGAAAGGCAGAUAGAGGCUGUUUUGCCUCCGAAGUCCUCUCCCAAAAGAGCCGUGGUAUCGCCCAAGCCACAGUCCCCAGCUAUUCCUGGUGUUGUUGGGACUGAGCGGGCCCAGGAGCUGGACCGGGCUCUGAUCCAGCAGCUGCGGGAACGCUGUGAGCAGCAGGACCUUCAGCUCCAGAGCCUUCAGGCCCAGUUAAAGAAGGCCUCCCUGUGCCUGGACGUUUUCAGCAUCACUACCCAGCACUUCUGUCACAAGACUGAGAGUGCCGUUGUGAAGGAGAGGGAACUGUCCCUGGAGCUCGCCAGAAUCAGGGAUGAAGUGGCUUUCAGUGUCGCACACUGGGAGCAACUGCAGCAGGAGAAGGAGGAACUGGAGCGGCGUUUCAAGGCUGAGCUGCAGGGACUGCGGGCUCAGCAGCAGAGGGAGCUGGGAGGGCUGGAGGAGCGGCUGAAGGCGCAGCACGGGGCCCAGGUCGAGAGCCUGCAGGCCCAGCAAAGGGCCGAGCUGGAGGAGCUACGGGUCAAACAGCAAGAACAGAUUGAGGAGUUGAACGAGAACCAGGAGGCGUCCCUGAUGGAGAUGGAGACGGCUCACGAAGACACACUGGCCACUCUGCAGGAGGAGCAUGCCAGGACCGUGAAGAAUCUGAAGAUGGCCCAUGAACAGCAGACCAAGUCUCUGGAAGAAGAGUUUGAAAAGAUCAGACUGUCACUGCAGGAUCAGGUGGACACGCUGACGUUUCAGAACCGCAGCCUCAGAGAUCGAGCCAAGCGCUUUGAAGAAGCUCUGCGCAGGAGCACAGAUGAGCAGAUUGUGGAUGCGUUGGCACCAUAUAAACACAUUGAUGAAGACCUGAAGAGUCUGAAAGAAGUUCUGGAGAUGAAGAAUCAACAAAUCCAUCAACAGGAACUGAAGAUCUCAGAGCUGGAGAAAAUACAGGCUGAAAAGAAUGUGUACCUGGAGGAGAGACUCCAAGUGUUACAGCAGCAGAACGAGGACCUGAAGGAAAGAAUAGACAAGAACCUUGCUGUGUCAAGGCAACUCUCUGAGGAUAAUGCCAACCUGCAGGUGAACGUGGUGAAGGAGAGCAACGAGAAGAAGCGUCUGAGUCGCACUAACGAGGAACUGCUGUGGCGUCUUCAGACCGGCGAGCUGAGUCCUCGCAUGUCCCCCAGCUCCUCCCCCAUCCAUCGACCGUCCUCUGGCCCGGGCUCCCCGGCCCGCCCACACUCCUACCAUCAAUGACUCUCUCAGUGGAAGCUCUUGUAUCAAACGCUUUCUUUCCUCUUGCAUUUUUUUACUCUUUGUGAAUGUUCCAUGUAGACGGACGGACACAUUUCUUUUUGGAAAUGCCGCUCACCCAUGUGGUCCAUUUCCCAAAGUCCAGCCCAAGGAAUUGUAAUCUCUGACCUAAAGAAUUGUAUUAAUCACGCCUCUUAUUGUUCAAAAGGGAAUUCUUUACCCUCCUCUUUCGCUAUUACACCUGAACGCCCCGUCUGAACAAAACAGACGUGCUGUGAUUCUGCAGCGGACUACAGACCCGGUCGUUGUCACCUUCAGAGAGCAGGAUCAGAGUCCCGCUACCUCAUUUCCAUGUUUUUUCCCUCCCGUCUACAUCACCGCCUUUUCAUCCAGCGCUCAGGAUAAUAGAUGUACGAGACAUAGCAAACAUCAAAAGUGCAACAAGGAACACAAGAAGCGCCUUCGCCGUCCAUUCUCUCCCACCAGCAACGUCUAUCUAGGCAUAGGCCAAAGUUUAAAGAAAUCACAAAACGGCCUAUAUUAAGAUACAAAGUGUGGAUUCUUCUCUGGGGUGUGUUCAUCUUUCCAUGCUGAAUUAUUUCAUAUAUCAGGAGUGUAUGAAUGACUACCCAUUUAACCCCAAUCAUCCAUCCUACUUUUCUCCUAAUGUACUGGAUAGCAGCGUUGACCUGAAACAUAUAUUAAUAACAACAGCAUAAGAAGUGGAGCUGCAAAGAUUAAUCCAUUAGUUGUCAACUAUGAAAUGAAUCGACAACUAUUCUGUUAAUUGAUUAUUGGGUUUAUUCCGGCUUGUUAAAUGUGAUUAUGUUCUAGUUUCUUCUCUCUGUGUCUGAUAACUGAAUAUCUUUGAGUUGUGGACAAAACAAGACAUUUGAGGACGUCAUCUUGGACUUGAUUGACAGUUUUCUGACAUUUUAACACCAAAUAAACAGCAGUAACACUUUACUAUGAAGGUAUCUACACAAGAGUGACAUGACAGAGUCAUGACACAUGAACCCUAGCCAUAACCAUGACAAAACCAAAUGACACUUACUCAAAGAAGCGUUGUUGAUCAUGUUUAUGACGUGUUCAUGACAGUGUCAUAUCACUCUUAUGUAGCUACCUUCAAAUAACUAAUCGAUUAAUCAAGAAAACAAUCGCCAGAUUGAUAGACGAUGAUGUUAGUUGCAUCCCUAAUCGACCUUUUUCCCAGCAGCCAAUUUGACUCGUCAUAGUAGGGAAAGCUGAAGUUGAUAACCUCAACGAUGGCUCAGGUCCAUUAAGUGUCCCGGCGAGCUAGAUCAGUGAGUCAGCGGGCAGAAUACCAGGGCCUCUCCUAAGUGGAAUGCGGCCAUCAUUAACGGUUUUGAAUACACCUGUGCUUUUCAUUCUAUGACAUGUCUAUAUGUCUGCCGUGAAAAAGGUCUAUAACAACUCCUAAUUCCAUUGAACUGCCAACAGUAUAACUAUAGUAUUGUACAUAAUUUUGUAAAAACACUGUACAUGUAUAGCCCUCUUUACAGCACGUUCUGUCUUCCAGUAAGGACUUUUAUUUCAGGAUUACCUACAGUGUGACAACAUGGAGCCGAAGGCUGAUGGGGCAACACAAGUGACCUCUUGUUCCUGAUAACAAAACCCAGGGUUCAUUCAAAUCCAACCAAGAAAUUGCAGACAAAGGGUGCCUCUCACUGGUCCGUCGGGAUAGGAAAAUUUUAAUAAUUAUUUCCCACAAAAUUGCAGGAUCUGUUGAAACCACCAAAGAAGAAGUCAUUAAACACAGCAGUUCAUCUGUUACUGUAGCUGCCAUGUCUGGAGACUUAGCUGUCAUCUAUGCAGACAUUGCACUCUAAAUGUGUUGACCUGGACACAUCCAAAAUCAAAAGUCCCAUAUGUUGCAUUGGUACACUUCUUUUUCUUUCUCUUUCUCUUUCUCUAAGUGUACCUUAUCAAUGCUCUUGUAGCCGACUCAAACCGUUGCUGUCUCUGUUUUCUGUUUUGAAAUUCAUCCCAGAAAACCCUGUGAGCAAACGUGAUGUAUGAUGCAUUAAUGCUUCCAAAGCAUUCUUCUGCAUCUCUACAUCUGAUUGACCUUUUGGCAAAAAAUUCAGUUGAGAGAAAAAAAUGUGACUUCAGUUUAAAGAACUAAAAUGUUAAUAAUGGAAAUGGAAACAAAUGAGAAAAUCGCUCCAAUCUGCAAGCUGUUACCUCAUUUCUCAUUGUAGAUAAUAAUCUCAGGUCUUGGUGAGAAUUAUAAGUCAUCUAACGGAAGCAGCUGCCAUCAUUUGUUUUUGUACUGAUUGUGUUUUUUAUUUAAGCUUUUGCUCAUGUUUACAUAACCACUCAGCUCAACGGUCUGCUUUAUCCGUUGUAUGAAAUGAUUUGGAUGCACAGAAUUUGUAGAAAUAGUUUAAAGAGCACAGUGCAGUUAGACACAAAUACAUUGAAGGAUUAUUGCUUUAUUAUAAUUAUGGGAUAGAACAAUAUACUCCCCCCCAGACAGGAAAUCUGCUCGAUAAGGCUUUGGGUGCAGACUAACUUGGUGGUCUUUACUGUGUUCUGAAAGGGGGGAAAUGCUG